CGAGGCUCCGCCGGGGUGGGGAGGAGCACGCGAGCGCGCGCAAGUGUGUACGUGAACGCGCGCGCAAGCGGACGGACGGAUCGGCCAGCAGCGAGUCAGCCAGAACGACACGACGGCGAUGAGGAGGACGGGGCCGUCGCGGUAGCAGGAGCAUACUUACACCUCGGUUCUUUCCGUACAUUUGGCCUCUCUAUAACUCUCUCUCUCUCUCUCCCUCUGUCUGGAGAAAGAGAGCCGCGGGUGACGGUGUGUGAACGUGCGACGGAGAGCUGCUCUGCUGCGCCCCGAGAGAAGAGAACAAGUGUCGCCGCUCCAAAAGUGUCCGGGUGUGUUGUUCGCGAGCGCGUGUGCGAGCAGCGCUUGUACGCGGGGCCAGCUAUAUAUAACUCUAGACUCUAAAGCCGCGGAGGAUAACGCUGCAGAGAGCGAGAGCGCGCAGUGGCUGCUCAAAGAUCGCCAAGGGGGAGGAAGCCUGGGCGAUAGGCGCGGCGGCGGUGGAGGAGGACGAGGCUGCGGAGGUGGCGGAGCUCAUCGCCUGCGCUGGGGAAGCAGGUCUCUGCGCCCGAAGCACUCGACGGCGGCGUUCCCAUCAGCGUCAGCGUCGGUGGCGGUAGCCAGCGGUCGGCCGCAGCCAGAGCUGCCGCUGCUGCUUCUUCGUCGUCGUCGUCGUCGUCGUGAGUCCUCACGGCUCGCCUCACGGGGUGGCGCAACCUUCGGCGGCGGCGGCGGCGACGACGACGAGGAGGAGGAGAAGUUGCUGCUGCUGCUGCUGCUGCCAGCGUUUGUUGUUGAGGAGGAGGAGCCUUGGGACGCGGCGGACAGUUCAGGAUGAGCCUGGAGACGCUGCUCGAGGCCGCUCGCUACGUCGAGCAGCUCGAAAAGAAGAAGGCCAGGGCGGCGGCCGCUGCCCAAGCCGCCGCGGCGAACGCCGCUUCCGCGGCCGACCACUCGCACGGAGUCGCGCCGCAUUCGAAUCAUCACAACUCGGCCGAGCCGCGUGGUGCCAAAUUAAAGAGAGAGCGCGCUGAGCAAGAUGAUCUCUUCUGCGAGGAGAAAAUGCUCAUUAUCGACGAGGAGGAUCCGCUGGAGACCAAUAACCGAUCGAACGGCAACCAUCAUCACCACCACCACCACCACCAUCAGCAGCAGCAGCAGCAGCAGCAACACGCUCUGCCAGUGCGAGGGAGCGGUGGUGGGGUGGGCGGGGGCGUCAGCCCCUCGAUCGGAAACUCGCCACCCUCGGCCAACAGCGGACACCUCGGCACGGCCUCGGCGCCCGGCCUCACCGUCGCCGGCCACCAGCUGCACCACGGCAACGAUCACGAGGCCGCGAGCCUCGCUGGCAGCCCUGGCCUCCAGCAGCAACAGCACAAUCACUUUCUCAAUAAUCACAACUCCAAUCACAGCCAGAACUCAUCGUCGGGCGCGGGCAGUCUCAUAGUCGACGUCGAAACGGUGCAGGACAAUAAGAAGCCGCGCAACGCACCCUGCGUAAUCCGCUCGGGCACGAGGGAGGUACACAACAAGCUCGAGAAGAACAGGCGGGCUCACCUCAAGGAGUGCUUCGAGCUGCUGAAGAAGCAGUUGCCCUCGCAAGACGAGAAGAAGUCGUCGAACCUGUCUAUACUCCACGCGGCCAUCCGACACAUACAGAGCUUGAAGAGAAAGGAGCGGGAUUACGAGCACGAAAUGGAGAAACUCGCCAGGGAGAAGAUAACCGCGCAGCAGAAAAUGAUCUCGCUGAAGAAGGAGCUCUCUGCCACUUGGGAACACAUCGACUUUAACACUAUUCUCUCGGAUCACAAUCUCACGAUAGAGACUAACGUCACGAAAAAUGCGUCGGAGAGCAUGGAGGUGGAUGCCCCGAGCGGCGGUCUGGCGCGCGGCGGCACGAGGUACAGCAGCACGAGCAGCUUGAGCAGCGCGGCGACCGCGAGCUCGCCCCAGACGAACGGCAACGGUAUUAACAGCAACAACAUCCACAGCCAGUUGGCGACUGCGGCCGUGGUUAGCCAGACCCAGGGUCUCAAUCUCGCUCAGAGCUCCAGGGACAGUCCACCUGCGAGCUCCAGUCCCGGCGCUUCGACGCCGAGCAUUCCCACUCCAGCUCAGGAAAAAGUCACAAUACCGCCUGUGGUAGUGCAGCAGCAGCAGCAAAUUUCCCAGCAACAACAGCAGACAGCGCAGCUCCACCUACCGAUAAGCGCGCAGAUGCUGAACACGAGCCAGGGCCUGGCAACGCUGAUGCCAACGCUCCAGCAUCUCGGACCCGGACUCAGGGUGAUACCGGGUGACGGACGCCAGCUGAUAGUGCAGUCGAACGGCACUGUCACAGGGACCGGCAGCGGCGAACCCACGCCCGUCGCCCUCGUCGUGCACUCGACCGCCGCGAGCAACGAAAACCGCGUCACCUUUGUGCACUCGAGCAGCGGCAACAGGCCCCUAGCGCUCGCGGUUCAAUCCUCGGGCAACGACGUUAGACCCGUCUUCGUAUCCGGUAACGAGACCAGGCCCAUUGUUCUCGCUACCACGCACGCGCCCGCUCUUACUGUCACUAGUGCUCAGAACAGAAUUAGGACAGCCGAUGCCGCGCAAACGACACACAAGAUGGUCGGCGGCGUAGCACUGGUAGGCGGAAAUGGAUCCGAGCUGGCAAGAUUGCCAGGCGGGGCCGAACUCAACAUCCUGCCUGCCAACGGCAUGUUCAGGUCUGUCAAGACGCAGCCUCUGACCGUCCAAGGAGGCUUGACUUUGAGUCACGCGGGUGUCUCUCUCCAACCAGCCAAUAAGUCAGUGGCGACGACGCAAGCAACCAGUGGUUCUCAGCAGCAGCAAACCAGCACUAAUGCCGGGCAUGUUCCUUCAUCCACCAACAAUCAGCAACAGCACGAAGGUCUGGCUGCGGGUUGUCAUAUAGUGGCGUCGGGUCACCAACCGCUCGCCGGAUUGACGCCUAUUGUUGCUCCGAUGACAGUCGUGUCUCAAGGAAACAGCCAGGUGAUCCUUGCUCCAAGCUCACUCGCCGGUAAGGUCAUUGGAACACCGCUUUUGAAGUCCGUAGGCCAGGGCCACCUACCGCUCACCGUCAAUGCCGCUCAGUACCUUAACAGCUUGGUUAAACCCGUCGUCGUUGUUAGCAGCAAUCAUCAGCAGCAAGCGCAACAGCAUCAACAGUCUCAAACGGCGAACAACAACGGUACAGCAGCAAGCUCGCAAUCGGCCGUCUGACAGACUGGCGCUUAACCGCUCGAAAUCGCCUGAAAUGAGGGCGGUAGUAAUAAGUCGACGGAAACGACUACGGAGAUGGUGAGCAGCAAGCCGCUGCACGUGAUGAACACGAUCACCGACGGUCGUCGCGAGGUCGAUGAGCCUACGAACACGAGCAGGUGCGAUAUCGCCAGAGGCUUGUGAAUUAAAGUAAUGAUAACUUGACCAUGCCGUACGAUUACUUGCACUCGCGAAACCGAUCCUUUGUUUUGGGGAAAACAUUUUCCGUAGAUGAUUAUUAUACUUCAAAUCUGAAGGGAUUUGAAUUUAUUCGAGUUUUUAGUUACGUAGGAAGUACCUGCACUUCAGUUUAUUAUAAUUAUCACAACUAUUGCUAAUAUCAUUACUAUAAUUACUCACUUUUCCACUUCGGAAAAUUUUAUUUUAACAUUAAAAUCAAUUACUUGAGAAUCAUUGAUAGUUGAUACAAGAGGAUCGUUUUCUGAGUGUAUUAAUGUUGAUGCUACUACUGCUACUGGCUCGCGCUUGUGUUUAGAAAUGGAAUGGAAAAAUAUAUACAUAUCUUGUUUAUUAUCAGAUGGACUGCUUUGAUCGAUAUACAUAUAAUGUACUAGUAGAGAGAAAUAAAGGGACAGGGAAUCAUUAGAAAGAGAGAGAGAGGAGAGAAAUAAUGAAAUGAAAAUAGUACAUUACGAUACGUGUGACUUAAAUGGUUCUUUUUUACACGGCGCUAAGCGCCGUGUAAAACUGAAAAAUUUAAGUCAAGAGUAUCGUAUAAAAUUUUAUAGCACAGACUGCUAAAAUCCGCAAGUCUCGCCUAUCGUGACUUAACAGCGGAUUUUAGCCACACUGUUCUAUAAAAGAAAUUUUUCCACAUACGCCAUGUCCCAUAUACUUAAAAAAUCAUCCGAAAGUCUGAUUAAUUUUCAAUUCAGCAUUUUUAUUAAACAAAUUGUAUUUUAGAGGAUUUCAUGUUAAAAAUUCCGGUUUUUUCCAUCUAUGCAGUAUAAUCAGCUAUUGAGCAUUAAACUGACUUUGGAUAGGCAACGUAGACGUGGCUUAUACAACAGAAUUCAUGAGACGUAUCCUGAGUAAAUUGUUAAUGGAAUGAAUUAUGCUUUUAAAUCUUUUAUUUAAAACAGUUGCAAAAAGAUUUAAUUUAAACAAUUUAUUAAAUUUUUAAAGAUAAGCAAAACAUUUUUGUACUGAAUGGCAGCUUUUUUGAUCUGAUAUUUUUAUAUGACAGUAGUAAAACUCUGAACCGGCAAUAUUUUAACGUGAAAAUUAAAAUAUUAAGUAAAAUUGUAUUCGGCUCAGCUCUUGCAAUUUUAGAAAUGAAAAAUGCACCUGAUUUAAUCAAAUUAGAAUGCGAUACUUAUAAUUUUUAAUAGCUUGUCGUUUAUCAGGAUACGUCUUUAACUUUUUCUUUCAUUACAUUUUAAACUAUACAAAUUAGCUUUACUAUCUCGCGAAUCUAGAAAACUGUAAAACGUAGGAAAAAAUAAAAAUAUUGGUUCAACCGUCUGGACCCGAGUCGUAAGCCGAUGCUUUUAUACUUUUUUCCAAAUAUGAAAACGCUCGGUGUCGCGACAUCUGACUAUUCAAACUAAUCAAAAAGUAGAAUUAAAAUCAUUCGAGAACACUGGUGGAAGAGCUUAUUUUUUUGGUUUAUUUUUUGUACGUGUGCUCACGCAUAAACCUAUAGAAACUUUUACGUCCGUUAAUGAAGCAUGACACCGUCGACAGUUUGUAGCAUGUUGUCACUUUUCAUGAACUAGUAUUAUUAUGAAAUCAUAUGCACACGAGAGAAUUUCUCUUUGUCACCGAAAGUUCUAUUUGUACAUUUACAAUAUAUUUUUAGUUUCCUCGCAAAGAGGUAACUAUGUUAAUUAUGUAUGCAUAUUCACUACGUAAAGAGGGAGCUAAUACAUGCAGGAAGUUAUUAAUGGAAAGGUGAUGCGAUUUUUUGAACAGAAUAUCAAUCAGUAAUAGUCAAGAAACUUGAUGAUACGAAGCUUUUCUUCGCAAAUAGAGAAGAAUUUAUGUCCCUUUUAAGCUAAUCUAAUCCUACAAAUUUGUCUCAUCAAUGUGUCGAGUCGAAUGUUCGCCUCAAGUCGUAGCAAGUAGUCUACUUAUCGAAAAAAAAAACUAAGAAAGACAAAGCAUAAUAAAAAAAGUCGAGGAGUAAGAGUUUGGGGACUGAUAGACUGUAGAGUGGGUGAUUGAAGUUGUAAAAUCUAUGCGAUUAAGCAAGACUUGAACUAUAUAAGUGUGAAAAAGCGAUUAAACAAGAAACGAAUGUGAUGAGAGAAAAUAGCAUGACUGUGAGCGAGAGAGAAAAAUUCAGUGAGAAACGAUUGUGGGAUAUGAAAAAAUAAGAAAAAACAGAUAGGUACACCGUUGUAAAUAAAGUGAGAUAAGUGUUAAAAGUGAGAAGAGACAGCGUAAAAAAUAAAUAAUCGCAACGCGAUGAAGGUGUGUACACGAACAAUGUGAUAUAAGUAAUUAAUAUAAUUAAUUAACAUCGUAGCGCGUAAGGGAGAUAUUACGAGAGCUAUUUCCAGUGUAGGCGUCAGCUACUAACUAUUAUUUACUAAUAAAAAAGAAAACAAGACACAUACCUUGAAGAACUGCGAUUACCUAAUUGUAAAUAGUAUACAAAACAAUGAGAUCAUGGAUAAAAAUAUAUUAUAUAUAAAUAUAUAUUAUAUUAAAUAUGAGAGAAAGAUGGAAAAAUGCAAGGUGUGAUGGAAGAAAUUAAACGGAAUAGAAUCGUGCCCAGAUUUUUACCACGCCAGCGUUGUAUUUCCCGCGUGACAAAUGUUUGUAGAACGUAUUACACUUAUGGAGCGAAUGUUGUAAGGAGAAUAAAUGUUAUUGAGCGUCUAUGAAUUUGUAUUAUUUUUCCCUUGUCUUAAUAACUUAUUAGUUAUGAAAGAAUUGUAUCAUUUGUAUAAUUUUUUUUUGUAAUUAAGUUGAAUCCGGUAUUUAUUUGAUUUUUUUUAUUAUUAUUUAAUCGGUAUGAUUACGAACCGUAAUAACCCUCACUGUAACUCUUUUUCGAAAUUGUCAAUAAAAUCCUAAUAAGU